GGGCUCCUCGGACAUGGCCGCGGCGGUGGCGGUGGCGGCCGCGUCCCGGCGGCAGUCGUGCUACCUGUGUGACCUGCCCCGCAUGCCCUGGGCCAUGAUCUGGGACUUCACCGAGCCCGUGUGCCGCGGCUGCGUCAACUACGAGGGCGCCGACCGCGUCGAGUUCGUCAUCGAGACGGCGCGGCAGCUCAAGCGGGCGCACGGCUGCUUCCCGGAGGGCCGCUCCCCGCCCGGCGCCGCGGCCCAGGCCGCCGCCAAGCCGCCGCCGCUCUCGGCCAAGGACCUCCUCCUGCAGCAGCAGCAGCAGCAGCUCGGCCACGGCGGCCCCGAGGCGGCCCCGCGCGGCCCUCAGGCCCUGGAGCGCUACCCCCUGGCGGCCGCCGCCGCGGAGCGGCCCCCGCGCCUCGGCUCCGACUUCGGCGGCAGCCGCCCAGAGAAGCCGCCGCCGCCGCCCUCGCACCGCGGCCCGGCCGACAGCCUGUCCACCGCAGCCGGGGCGGCCGAGCUGGGCCCCGAGGGCGCGGGCAAAGGCCGCGGGCCCGGCGAGCAGGACUGGGUCAACAGGCCCAAGACCGUGCGAGACACGCUGCUGGCGCUGCACCAGCACGGCCACUCGGGGCCCUUCGAGAGCAAGUUUAAGAAGGAGCCGGCCCUGACUGCAGGCAGGUUGUUGGGUUUCGAGGCCAACGGGGCCAACGGGUCUAAAGCAGUUGCAAGAACAGCAAGGAAGAGGAAGCCUUCUCCAGAGCCGGAAGGUGAAGUCGGGCCCCCUAAGAUCAAUGGAGAGGCCCAGCCGUGGCUGUCCACGUCCACAGAAGGGCUCAAGAUCCCCAUUACGCCUACGUCCUCUUUUGUGUCGCCACCACCACCCACUGCCUCACCUCAUUCCAACCGGACCACACCGCCUGAAGCGGCCCAGAACGGCCAGUCCCCCAUGGCAGCCCUGAUCUUAGUAGCAGACAAUGCGGGGGGCAGCCACGCCUCGAAAGAUGCCAACCAGGUGCACUCCACUACCAGGAGGAAUAGCAGCAGCCCACCCUCUCCGUCCGCCAUGAACCAAAGAAGGCUAGGCCCCAGAGAGGUGGGGGGCCAGGGGGCAGGCAGCACAGGAGGACUGGAGCCAGUGCACCCCGCCAGCCUCCCGGACUCCUCUCUGGCAGCCAGCGCCCCGCUGUGCUGCACCCUCUGCCACGAGCGGCUGGAGGACACCCACUUUGUGCAGUGCCCGUCCGUCCCUUCGCACAAGUUCUGCUUCCCUUGCUCCAGACAAAGCAUCAAACAGCAGGGCGCCAGUGGAGAGGUCUAUUGUCCCAGUGGGGAAAAAUGCCCUCUUGUGGGCUCCAAUGUCCCCUGGGCCUUUAUGCAAGGGGAAAUUGCAACCAUCCUUGCUGGAGAUGUGAAAGUGAAAAAAGAGAGAGACUCGUGACUUUCCGGUUUCAGAAAAACCCAAUGGUUACCCUUAACUAGAACUGCUUGAAUUGUAUAUAUAUCUCCAUAUAUAUAUAUAUAUCCAAGACAAGGGAAAUGUAGACUUCAUAAACAUGGCUGUAUAAUUUUGAUUUUUUUGAAUACAUUGUGUUUCUAUUUUUUUUUUUGACGACAAAAGGUAUGUACUUAAAAAGGCAUUUUUCUCUUUUGUUAACGUUAUUAGCAUAUCUCCGUGCUUUAUUACCCCGGUGACAGUUACCGUUCGAUGUAGGCUGUGACUUGCGCUGCUUUUUUAGAGCACUUGGCAUAUCAGAAAUGCUUCUAGCUGUAUUUGUAUGCACUUAUUUUAAAAAGAAAAAAAAAAGCCAAAUACAUUUUCUGACAUUGUAAGAUUGCCUUACUGUCUGUUAUUCCUUAUCGCUGGCCCCUUUCUCAGGCUGGAGGCCAACUGGUGGAGAAGGAAAGGAAGUGAGCGAGAGGGGCACUGCUGUGAAGCGGGCAUGCCACUGGGCAGUGUCACCACGUCCCCCCCAUACAUUGUCCUUUUAGAGCAAUAGGAAGUAGAUUUUGAGUCUUUCUCGAUUUUGUUCUUAAAGUUCAGUUGUUGGGAUAUUGAUGACUGAGAGUUGCUGCUGAGAGAUUUUCAGGACUGUGGUUUGGGGGAGGGGGGAUUUUUUUUUAAGGCAAAGUUGACCACUGUUCACUGCCCACGUGAUCAGUUGUAAGAUUACAAUGCUGCAUGCAAGUUGGUUACAUAAUACACAAUUCAGUGACUCAAGGCAGUGAUAACGGAUGGUGGUGUGUACAAGAUGGCACUGCCAUCUUUGAACAGAGCCUGGCUCUGCAGCGCCACUCGGUCUUUCAGAACAUCCUGGAGCUCUGUCUGUUGUUUGUCGUUUCCUUUGAAAAGAGUCGAAAGACAAGUUACAGUCCAGGUGAACUUGGAGAUUGUGGGAUUGGUUUUGUUUCUGUUUUGUGUUUUGUUCUGUUUUUUUUUAAUCAUUUCCCUGUAGUGCUCUGGCUGUUGAUACUAUCACCUACACCCUGUUUCUAGUGCGUGCUGAAUACAGUAUGGUACAAUGACAGUAAGAGCGCGUGGGGCUGCCAGGACAGCCCGUGGGCAUAUCAGUGACAGCCCAGACGGGGGUGGAGGAAACCUGUAAUUUCCUUCGUACAUGUGUUUGAAAUACCAAGUGAAUAAUGCUGUUCUUCUGGAAAAAAAAAAUGAUAAACUAGUGAAAAUUCAAGAAAGGGUUUGACAUCAUAAGCCCCACCUCUGAAAUUAUUUUUAGAAGCCUUUUGUAAACUAAUUUCUUUUGAUCACUCUUUUGCAUCAGCAAAAUGAUUUUUUAAACCAAUAAAUCAUCAGUUACUAGAAUCACA